AUGAGGGCGCUGACUCUGGUGGUGUCUCUGAACCUGCUGCUGGGGCCGUGGUUGAUCUGGGCGCAAGGUGAAGACGACGGAAAGGUGACGUGCGGCAGCGUGGUUAAGGUGCAGCACCAAGCGACACGCUUCAGGCUGCACUCACACGACAUUCCUUAUGGGAGCGGAAGCGGACAGCAGUCAGUCACCGGUUUCGGGGGAGGUGACGACAACAACUGCUAUUGGAUCGUCCAUGGAACCGAGGGUGAACCCUGCAGUCAAGGAGAGCCAAUACCAAAGGGCAGGACAAUUCGUCUUCAGCAUGCACGUACACGAAGGUGGCUGCACAGUCACUUCCACAGAUCGCCAUUGUCACGCAAUCAAGAGAUAAGUGCCUUUGGUGGAGAUGGAGACAGCGAUGGUGGAGAUGAGUGGAUGAUAGAAUGGGACGACAGGAAAAAGUUCUGGAUGAGGGAUAUGAAGGUUUAUUUUAAACAUGUGGAAACUGGGGCAUACCUGCUAACACAUGACCGGAAGUACUCCAAUCCAAUCCCAGGACAGCAGGAAGUGUGUGGCAUACAGAAUAAAAAGGACAAGAACACGAUAUGGUUUGCAGGGGAGGGUGUGUACUUUCCGAAUUCACAAUCUUCUGUGCACGAUGAACUGUAA